CCAUUUUGACUGAGAUGUUCGGGAAUAGUAGAGGGUGCGCUGCUCAAGCGAGUGUAAAAGGAAAAGGGAAGUGAAGUUGGAAAUAUAUCACGAAAAAUAUCCCACAGUUAUUAACUCGUUUGCAUUCCUUUUUAUACGCGGUUCGGAAAAGUCUCUUGGGUCACUAUGGCUAGCCGGAGUACGGCCCAAAGGCCAAACGGUUCCACGCAAGGAAAAAUUUGUCAGUUUAAAUUGGUGUUACUUGGAGAAUCUGCAGUAGGCAAAUCUAGUCUGGUACUUAGGUUUGUUAAGGGUCAGUUUCAUGAAUAUCAAGAAAGUACGAUAGGAGCUGCUUUUCUAACACAGACCGUAUGUUUGGACGAUACGACUGUUAAGUUUGAAAUUUGGGACACAGCAGGACAGGAACGCUAUCAUAGUCUUGCUCCAAUGUAUUAUCGCGGUGCACAGGCAGCUAUUGUUGUUUACGAUAUAACAAAUCAGGAUACAUUCGUACGUGCUACAACGUGGGUUAAGGAACUUCAACGGCAAGCGAGCCCAAACAUAGUUAUAGCACUCGCAGGUAACAAGUCUGAUCUGGGUAACAAAAGAGUCGUCGAGUUCGACGAGGCCCAGACUUACGCAGAUGAAAACGGUCUCCUGUUCAUGGAGACGUCUGCAAAAACUGCCAUGAACGUCAACGAUAUAUUCUUAGCUAUCGCUAAGAAGCUUCCAAAGAAUGAACAAACCGGCAGUGCAGGCACCAGUGGUCAAGGUCGUCGAUUAGUUGAAGUAGAAGGACAAAAGACAACCACUAGCAACUGCUGCAAGUGAUUUUUCACAAACAAUAUGUACCAUAUUCAGGAAAGAUAAACAAACACACAGCGUGAAUGUGUCUGCAAAUGAGUGGGAUGAUAGAAAAAAAAAGAAACAGAAACACGAGGAAAUGCUACUAAAUUAUAAAGAAUGGGAUGUAUAGA